AUGACGAGGAUACGCCAUUUCACCCACCCAAGCUGCAUCUUGACCCGCACUUGCCAGCAAAGCUUCAUCUGCAACGGGUGCGGCGUCGCCGGCUACGGGAUCAGCUACCGGUGCAACAGCUGCGACUUCGACCUCCACGAGUACUGCGCCAAGUGUCCGCAGAGCCUCAGCUGCUCCAUGCACUCGCACUGCCUGACGCUGACCCAGUCUGGCGGCUACGGCCGCCAGUGCAGCGUGUGCUGCCAGACGACCAGCAGCUUGGUCUAUCAGUGCGGUCCCUGCGGCUUCGUCGUGCACCCCCUCUGCGUUCAAGGGCGACGUUGGUAG